AUGAUUCUAUACGCACGUCGCAUGCGUAGUAUAGACACACGCCCCCUGUCUCCUCCUCCAGCUCCUGCAUGCAACAGCAGCAACAGCAGCAGCAGCAGCAGCAGCAGCAGCAGCAGCAGCAGAUGUAGCAGCAGCAGCAGAGCAGCAGCGGCAGAUGUAGGAGCAGCAGCAGCAGCAGCAGAUGUAAAAGCAGCAGCAGCAGCAGAUGUAAAAGCAGCAGCAGCAGCUGAUGUAGCAUCAGCCGCAGAGCAGCAGCAGCAGAGCAGCAGCAGCAGAGGAGCAGCAGCAGCAGCAGCAGCAGCAGAUGUAGCAGCAGCAGCAUAG